AUGGCAGAUGACGACUUUGACCUUUACGGCGAGGAGGAUAACUUUGCGCCUACGCCCUCCUCUCAGAUCGAGACUGUACAGCAACACGACGCGCCUAACGCAAGCGCCCACCCGCCGUCACACGACGAGCCAAACCCCUCCACCCUUGGCGGCAAACGCGCACGCGAAGAUGAUAACGAUCAACAGCAACAACAAGGCUUCAACCCCAACGCGACCGGCACACCGCCGCCGGCGUCGAUCGGCACCUUCGACGGCGGACAAGGGUUUCAGCAGAACGGUCAAGGCGGCGGUACGCACGGCGCCGUGAACCCCGCCUUCAACAACGGCAUGAACAUGGGCAUGGACGGCUUCGGCGAGCAAGACGCCCUAUACAUCGGCGACUUGCAGUGGUGGACGACGGACGAAGAUCUUCGGCAGGUUGCGCAGUCGCUGGGCAUCGCGCUCGAUCAUAAGAAGAUCACGUUUUCGGAGCACAAGGUCAACGGCAAGAGCAAGGGCAUUGCCUACGUCGAGUGCGGCUCGCCCGAGAACGCGGUGACGCUGAAGGGAUUCUUCGAGAACAAUGACUUCCAGAAUCGCCGCGCGACGGCAACUCUGACGAGUUCCGCGCAAGGUAACCCUUUCCGUACGCUCCCUAAAGAUCCUCCGUCGCGCCAGGGUAUGCAAGCCGGCACACAGAACUUCACUGGCGGCCGCGGGGGUGGCAACUACCGCGGAGGAGGUAUGAACAACGGCAUGCGCGGAGGCGGCGGUAACAUGCGCGGCGGAGCCAUGCCCAUGAUGAACAACAUGGGCAUGGGCGCCAUGAACGGAAUGGGCGCCAUGGGCAUGCCGAUGGGCGCCAUCAUGGGCAUGAACGGCAUGAGUAUGAACGGCAUGAACGGUAUGAACGGCAUGGGCAUGGGCCGCGGGCGCGGCAUGAUGGGCGGCAUGGGUAUGCGGGGCGGCAUGGGCAUGGGUGCCGGGAUGGGCAUGCGAGGCGGAUUCAACGGAGGUGGUGGGCAUUUCAAUCCUGCGUUUAUGGGUGGCGCAGGCAUGCAAGGUGGGAUCUCGGACGGGCCGCGGAUGAAGAAGCCCAGGAUAGAUGACAGUUGA